AUGAAAAUUACCAGCGUGUCCCCCACAGGCAGUUUAACUAUUUCUCUCCUGGGAAGGUGGGAUGUGGUGCUAGCAUUGUUGUUGGACUCUCGUCUCCACACUCCCAUGUAUUUUUUCCUCAGUAAUUUGUCUCUGGUGGACCUUUGUUACUCUACAGCUGUCACUCCCAAGGUCAUGGCUGGAUUACUUAUAAGAGACAAGAUCAUCUCCUAUAAUGCAUGUGCUGCUCAGAUGUUCUUUUUUGGAGGUUUUGCUACUGUGGAGAGUUACCUGUUGGCCUCAAUGGCCUAUGACCGCUAUGCAGCAGUGUGCAAACCCCUCCAUUACACCACCACCAUGACAACAGGUGUGUGUGCAUGUCUGGCCAUGGGCUCCUAUGUCUGUGGUUUCCUGAAUGCCUCUAUUCACAUUGGAGACACGUUCAGUCUCUCCUUUUGUAAGUCCAACGUGAUUCAUCACUUUUUCUGUGACGUUCCUGCAGUCAUGGUUCUAUCUUGCUCUGAUAGACAUGUGAGUGAGCGCAUUCUUAUUUAUGUAGUGAGUUUCAACACCUUUUUUGCUCUCCUGGUUAUCUUGAUUUCCUACAUAUUCAUAUUUAUCACCAUCCUAAAGAUGCACUCAUCUGCAGGAUAUCAGAAGGCUUUAUCCACCUGUGCCUCUCACUUCACUGCAGUCUCCAUCUUUUAUGGGACAGUCAUUUUUAUGUACUUACAGCCCAGCUCCAGCCAUUCCAUGGACACAGAUAAAAUGGCAUCCGUGUUCUACACCAUGGUCAUUCCCAUGCUGAACCCUGUGGUCUACAGCAUGAGGAACAAAGAGGUUAAGAGUGCACUCAUGAAGGUCAUUUCAGAGGCAAAAUUAUAUUUAAGAUUGUAA